UACCUAACCACAACUUGUGUAUGUAGCAAUUGUAUUGAGCGAAAAGUGUUAAGCAAAACGUCAAAUUUUCGUCAAAAUGUUCUUCGAGGAUGAUGAUAACAUGGAGAGCGCGUGGGUGCAGACGGCCAUCGGCGCGAUCAAAAUCUUCACGAUGAUGUACGACAUCAUCACGAUGCCGAUUUACCUGGCCAUCCAGCGUCCGUGGAAGCGAAGACAGCUAGCCAGGAGAGUGAAAGCCAAGAUCAUUCAGCAGGACUCCAGCUCAGUCACGUACCGGUCGGUCGAUUCGCCCGGAGAAAUGCACGUCAAGAUGCUGCAGAACAACAUUGACACGCUCGAGCGCAUGUUUAACUUCGUCACGAAGGUGCACACGACCAAGCGGUGCAUCGGUACGCGCAAAAUCCUGAGCGAGGAGGACGAGAUGCAGUCGAACGGGCGGAUGUUCAAGAAGUUCCGCAUGGGCGAGUAUAUGUGGCGCAACUUCAUCGAGACGGAGCACGCGGCGGCGUGUUUUGGGCGCGGCCUUCGAGAGCUUGGCCAGCAGCCGAAGCAGAACAUCGUGAUCUUCGCGGAAACGCGAGCAGAAUGGAUGAUCGCGGCGCACGGGUGCUUUAAGCAGAACAUGCCGGUUGUGACGAUUUACGCGACGCUCGGGGAUGACGGUGUGGCGCACGGUAUCAACGAAACCGAGGUGACGACCGUUAUCACGUCACACGAACUGCUGCCCAAGUUCAAGAGCGUGCUAAAUGUGACACCGAACGUGAAGAAAAUCAUCUUCAUGGAGGAUCAGCUACACCCUACUGAAACGACCGGAUUCAAGGAUGGCGUCGAAAUCAUUCCCUUCAGCAAAGUCAUCGAGAUGGGCAACUCGAGCAAGAUUCCUGGUUCUCCUCCGACAUCCGAAGACACGGCUAUCAUCAUGUAUACGUCUGGUUCGACCGGCACUCCGAAGGGCGUCCUGCUGUCUCACGGAAACUGCAUCGGAACGAUGAAGAAUUUCUGUGAUAUCUUCAAGAUCUACCCUGACGAUGUGCUGAUUGGAUUCCUGCCGCUUGCGCACGUGUUUGAAUUGCUGGCGGAAAGCGUGUGCCUGCUAACCGGUGUCCCGAUUGGCUACUCAACUCCGCUCACACUGAUCGAUUCGAGUAGUAAAGUGAUGAAGGGCUGCAAAGGUGACGCCUCCGUUCUUCGGCCAACCUGCAUGACAUCGGUGCCACUUAUUCUGGAUCGAAUUUCGAAGGGUAUCAAUGACAAAGUGAAUGCUGAGGCUCCGAUGAAAAAGGCAUUCUUCAAGUUCGCUUAUGGCUAUAAAUCGAAGUGGGUCGCACGAGGCUUCCAGACACCAAUUUUGGAUAAGAUUAUCUUUAAGAAAAUUGCCAAACUGUUAGGAGGCCGCAUUCGCAGUGUUUUGUCUGGUGGUGCACCCUUAGCAGCGGAUACACACGAACAGAUCAAGCUUUGCCUGUGCGUCGACGUGAUUCAGGGCUACGGUUUAACGGAGACUACUGCUGGGGCAGCGGUAAUGGACAAAUUUGACAUGGAGUACAAUCGGGUCGGUGCACCGUCCUCGAGUAACGACAUCCGGUUAAUUAACUGGGAGGAAGGAAAUUAUCGUGUCACCAACAAACCAUAUCCCCAGGGUGAGAUUGUUAUCGGAGGCACGACAGUCUCAAAGGGUUAUUACAAGCUUCCCGGCAAGACGCAGGAAGAUUUCUUUGAAGAGGACGGUCAACAGUGGUUCCGCACUGGCGAUGUGGGCGAAGUCCAUCCAGAUGGUGCGCUCAAGAUUAUCGACCGUAAGAAGGAUUUGGUAAAACUGCAGGCAGGCGAAUACGUUUCGCUCGGUAAGGUGGAAUCGGAGAUGAAAACGUGCCCCGUUGUGGAGAACAUUUGCGUGUACGGUGACUCAACGAAACAGUUUACGGUCGCUCUUGUGGUGCCAAACCCGAAACAUCUGGAGGAGAUCGCUGAGCGACUAGAAAUCCGUGGCGUUGAAUUCGAAGAUCUCUGCGAUAACAAGAAGGUUGAAAAGGCAGUUCUACAGGAGCUGGCUGAACACGGACGGAAAUGCAAGCUGCAUCGCAGUGAAAUUCCCGCCGCAGUGUACCUAUGCAAGGACAUUUGGACGCCCGAUAUGGGUCUGGUAACGGCCGCCUUUAAGCUGAAACGCAAGGACAUCCAAGAGCGGUAUCAGGCCGAAAUCAAUAAGAUGUAUGCGUCGUAG